CUAAGUAUUUCAUCCGGGUAUUUUUUAAGUACACUCGAUUUUCAGAAAUUUCACCGACGUAAUCGCUUUUUAUGAAAGUAUACUAAACUAAAACACUCGAUAGUAGUUUAGUGCGCUGAUUCGGACGGCUUCGCCCACGUUUUCCGACAACGAUAUAAACAACUGCACGUGCGCAUGGCCGCAACAGAUUACAAAGCCAUCUCAGCCGGAUAUGCGUUUAAAUGGACACACGAAUUAACUCAGCAGCUGAUCUUGUGGAGAGGCGCUAACAAGAGCCGCUUCACGGGAAAGCGAAAUGCUGCACUUAAGGGAUUUGAGGUGUUUAUCAGAGAGAUGGGACUGGAGGGGAAGACGACGGUGGCAUUUGUAAAGAAAAAAUGGGAGAACCUUAAACAGAAAUACAAGGAGCUAAAGAACGCUCCUGCGGGUGCGGAGGGAGAGAUGAGCGCAGCUAACUGGCAGUGGUAUAAGAUGAUGGGGAUGGUAGUGGAGUCCGGCCCCAGCAGCCCCCCUCUGCCCCUCUCCUCCUCGCCCACCCCGGGCGAGGUGAUCUUCACCGUGCCCUCUGAGGAGGAUGCCGCCGUCUCCAACGCCACCGCCCUCGUCUUCCUCCAGGAAUACAAACACGUACACCUGCCCAUGGCCGCGCAAGACUUCAAAGAUCCCGCAGGCGGGUUUGUGCUUAAAUGGACAGAUGAAUUAACAGAGCAGCUGAUUUUGUGGAGAAGCGCUAACAAGAGCCUCUUCACUGGCAGGCGAAACGCUGCAGUGAAUGGGUUUGAGGUGUUUAUCAGAGAGAUGGGGCUGGAGGGUAAGGUGACGGUGGCCUGUGUGAAGAAGAAGUGGGAGAACCUAAAACAGAAAUUCAAGCUGUUAAAUAACCCACCGGCUGGGAGGAGCGCAGAGGGAGAGCUGACUGCCGCCAACUGGAAGUGGUAUAAGCUCAUGGGCGAGGCAGUGGGGUCCCUCGACCACACCAUCUCCCUGGCUGUGGGCUCCUCGUCCUCCCCAGCCGACCUGGACUUCUCCUUCCCCUCGGACGAGGGAGCCGCUGCCUCCUGCUCCACCUCCUCCUUCACCUCCACCUGCACACCCACCCCCGCCACCAGCUCCACCGCCCCCGAGCCCCCGCCCACCAGCCCCGCCCCCAAGAGGGCCAAGAAGGAGCCGGAGUGGCUCCUGGCCAUCAAGGAGCUGGAGAGGAGGGAGGAGGCCCGGGACGCCCGGCAGGCCGAGUGGGAGCGGGCCAUGAUGGAGAGGGAGAAGAGGAGGGACCAGGAGAUGAUGGAGAGGGAGGAGAGGAGAGACCAGGAGAUGAGGGAGAGGGAGGAGAGGAGGGACCGCGAGAUGAGGGAGAGAGAGGAGCGCCUCAUCGCGGAAAACAGGGAGCGCGAAGACAAGCAGGCGAGGGAGGCCGCAGGGAGGGAGGAGCGAUUUCUGGCUCUGAUGGAUUUUUUAGUUAAGAAGUGAUUUUUUUUUAGUUUGUGAAACGUUUGUCCGGUCCCUUCAGUCCAUUUUGUUCAGUCUAUAUGUACAUAAUUUCACACAUUUUGUAUUUGUAUUCUUUUCAUUUUAAUAAAUCACUUCUUAACGCAAA